AUGGAUAACGAUGGUUUCAUCAAUGACAAAACUCUUGAAUAUUUGAAACCAGAAAAUUCAAAACCGUGGAGAUGUUAUCUUUUACCUAAAAUUCAUAAGGCCAAUAACACAGGAAGACCUAUAGUUUCAGCGAACGGUCAUCCGACGGAAAAAAUAUCGGAAUUCGUUGACUUCCACCUUCGUCAACAUGUUGAAGACUUACCAUCUCACAUCAAAGAUACAACCGAUUAUCUUAGAAAAAUGCAGGCCUUAAAUACACUUCCCUCCGACACGACCCUUGUUUCCAUCGAUGUCACCUCUCUCUACACUAAUAUUCCUCAUGCAGAUGGCAUUGAUGCAUGUAAAGAAGUUUGGAAUUCCAGACCAGUGAAAUAUCCACCUACUGAAUGCCUGGUCAAAAUGCUCACGUUGGUACUUAAAGCCAUGGGCACCAAAAUGGCUCCAUCAUAUGCCAACAUAUUUAUGGGCAAAUUAGAGAAACUCCUUGAAUCUUCCAUCGAAAACCCGGUUUCCUGGUUUAGAUGUAUAGAUGAUGUGGAUAUGAAAUAG